AUGAGUUCUGCAUCCGGUAGUGGUGGAAGAAAGGUAUUGAAUAAAAAUCAAAAGUUUAAAAGAGACAAGCUCAGAAAUGCAAGAAACAUUAGGACUCAGGCGGUUUCUUAUGACAAAAAUAACCAUGAUCUUUCGAAAGAAGGCGGGAGUCUGCUGAAUGUUAACAAUUUUGUCAAUACAAGGGCGUUUGAAAUCAAGCAGUUGUACAGUUCUAUGCAUCAAUCAAGAAGAUCUAAUGCAACCAGAGUGUUUCAAAGUUUGCCAAGAAAAUUAAGAAGAAGGACAGCUUCUCAUAAUAUUGCCAGAAUACCAAAGAGAAUGAGAAAUAGAGCCAAAAGAGAAAUGAACAAAAAUAACAACAAUAAUGAAAAAGUUAACAAUAUCUCAGGUGGAUUAACUAUUGCUGCAAAGAAACGUAGUAAAAAAAGUUUAAAUGCAAAACAAUUUUAUAGAGCUAAAAUGUCAAUCAAGUUAUUACGACUAUUUACAAAGACAAAAAAUUUGAAAAUGUUAUCUGGUCCAAAAGAAUUGACAUUGAGAAAUAUUACAACAAGACAAAAAAUUAAACAUUUUAAAGAUAUUUUGAAAAAUAAAUUGCCAUCCUCUUCAACUGCAAUUGCAUGCAACAACCAAAUGGGAAGUUAUGACAACACCGCGGUAGACUCACUGGCAACAAAAACUUAUAGUAGGAUCAAAUACUUGAAGAGGCAAAAACAUUUUAAAUGGUUGUCCACUCACAUCUGGCACGCUAAAAGAUCACAUUUAAUAAAAAGAUGGGGUUACCAGAUCCCUUACUCCCCCACUCAAAAAUGUUAUAAAUUGACACAUAGAAUUGGCAGUUCUGUUGCAUCAUCAGAUGGAAACUUGUUACAAGACACAAGUUUUAUUGGUAAUAUGAUUAUUCAAAAUGAAAGUAGUACAGACGAGUUAUCAGAUUUAAUCGCAUCUUUGACAAAUAAAAAGGGUAAUAAGAAAGUUUAUAGAGUGCAUCAAUGUUAUUUCGAAGGUUUACUUUACAAUAUUGAUAAUGAAAAUUCAAUUUCAAACGCAAUUCUCGGUCCUGCUGAUCUUUUAUGGAUCAACGAAAACAAAGUUUUACUACGAUUACAUCCAUCAUUUUAUGAAGUUGUAUUCAAAGCCAUUCUGAAAAAAGUUAAGCUCAAUAAAAAUUUUAAGGUAUAUGAUUGUCGUUAUUCAAUUGGCAGUAUCAACUUAUGUGGUGCAAAAACUUUAUCUUCAUUAUCGUCUAUUCUUAGAACUGUGAAAAAUGAGGGGAAGGAAUCAAGCUCUUACCAAACUUUUACCAAACUUUCAAAAUUAACCGAUUAUUCAAUCUUGCCAAAACAAACCUUAUUUGCAUUCCGAGCAUUAGAUCCUAGAUUUGUUAUAACACCAAAAGCUGUUACUCCUAAUAAUGGUGAAAUAAAUAUUGCAGAUAUUUGUAAAUUAAAUGAAAUCAAUAAGGACGAAGUUAAAGCUAUUUUAGAAAUGCUGUCAGAUCCUGAGACGAGAAAAGAAAGUUACAAAAAUCAAGCUACCUUGAAACAAUUGCAUAAGAGAAAAGAAGCUCAAUCAUCAGGAGAGGCUUCUACUAAUCAAAAUAUAAUUAUGUUUAAGAGGGAUUAUGAUCCUUUAAUUCCUGUGGUUAUAGCAAAAAGACCUAAAACUGGAGAUUGGGUGCUCUUAUUACCAUGGAAUUGGGUGUUGCCAUUUUGGUAUCAAUUGCAUAAAGUGUCUAAAUCAUAUCACAUUGGUUUGAGACAAAACCAACUGCUACAUUUUGAAUCCCAAUCUUUAUAUUUCCCCGAUGAUUAUCCUUUCACAAAAAUUGGUUUCAAGGAGAAUUAUUUUUAUAAAAGAGAUGCUGCAAUGAAAAAAUGGGAAAGUAAGCCUAGUAGCCAUAGAUUAAACUAUGAUAAAAUAAAGGAAAUACAUGAUCUGGAUUUACCAGCUAUUCAAGGUGAAGUUGGUGAUUAUUUCUCAUGCGAUUGGUUAUUUUUACAAAUUUUAAUUAACAGUAUUACGUACUUAUCAAAAGAUGGCAACGAUUUAAUUAGUAUCAAUAGCAGUAAAACAAUGUCCAUGAAUGAGCACUGUGGUUUAAGAGAACUCCGUUCUGUCAAUGAUAUUAUGGAAUUUUACAACGAUAUUAAGGUAAAACCUAUCGAAGAAGACACUCCAAUUCUUUCUUUACACAAUAUUAAGAACAAAUCCAAAAAUAAACUAAAUCCAAUUCUUUUUGACAAAUUAUCACCUCAGUUAAGUAUAAUCAAGACCCCAUUGCCGGUUACACCAAUUUCAUGUAUUUUAAAUGAAAAAGGACAUCCUACAGAUAAUGCUAGGAUAUAUCAAAUCCCUAGUGAACACUUAGAACAUUGGAAAUCCGUGGCAAAAGGAGUUUAUAGAUCUAACGGUAGAAGAAACCAUGAAUUAAACCAUCCUAAACCGAAUGUUAAAGACCUAAUAGGUUUCGUAACCUCCGGCACGUUUAGUUUGUCACAAGGUAAAGGUGUUGGCAACGGGUUUGUUCAUUCUAAUUACAUCUACAACUCGACACAUGACUACGUUCUAAUAAGAAAUGUAGGCACUAAUGUGUAUAGAGUAAGCCAAUGGAAAUUAAUAAAUAUAUAA